AUUGACCUCUGUUGGACGCACCAUGACUCAGAGUUCGAGAUUUUGGAAAAGGACGAUUAUCUUCUGUAUUAUUCUGGGUCUAUUUCAUGGUGGGUCCUCAAUCACCAUCUAUGGAGCCACUAAUGGGAGUAUAACACUAUAGCCCCAAGUGACAGGACAGAUAAGUGAAAUUCUAUGGAAACACAAAGGCAACAAGAUGGUGGAGUGGGACGGACCAGGGGCAGAUCCCUUUGAAUAUUUAACGUUCAAAGGACGGACCAAGUUGGACAUAGAAACGGGUGAUGUAACCAUUUUAAAACUAACCAAAGAUGAUAGUGGCGAGUAUGUCGCAGAAGUGGUUAUUGGUUCAGCAUUAAGGAGUUUGACAUACGAAGUUGAAGUAAUUGACCCUGUCACUAAACCAGAGAUCACCUGUACCAGCAGUGAAUGUAUAACAAGAUCUAAUGGUGAAGCAAAGGAACCAGCCGUAACAACAGAAAACGAAGGGAAUCGUCGUACCAUCAUUGGUGCAUUAUGUGGUGCACUUGGAGUUGGAGUUGCAGUUGCAGUUGCAGUUGUAGGAGUCUUUUUCUGCCACAAGAGGAAAACCAAAGGGCAUGAUGCAAAUGAACAUACAGAAGAAAAAGUAGGACUAACCUCUGCAGGAAAUGAGAAAGAUCUGCAGUCUCCUGAGGAGCACGAUGGAGCACGCCAUCAUGCAGAUACCCCCUCCAUCGAGAGGAAUAUUGACGAGAGUCCAUGUGAUUACAAUAAGACAAAGGGGAUAUGGGAAGCAAAGGUUAUGACACCAGAUAACAAACAAGGCCCACCAAAGAAACAAACUUCUGAGUCAAAAAAACAGAAGUUACCUGACACUGAGGAAUCAUUUACACAUGAACCAUCUGCAAGAAAUUAUGAAAAGGAUGCUGGGCCUUGCUCCACUGAUGAAAUACACCAACAAAACGGUUCCUCUUCUGAUUGUUCCAAACAGCCUGGGAAUCCUAAAGAUGGCCUUAGUGUGCCUGUGGUGAACCUAAGUUCAGGUGUAGGCGCGAUUUCACCAGAUGGUGAAGUAACACCGUCAACACAAGAACCACACGCUGCCCUCAAGGGACCAACUGCUGCAUCAAAGGAUGAAAAGGAGUUACAAACAGAGCAAUCAAGUGGAAACCAACAUGUACCAGACACUGAAGCAAAACCUGCUGCUGCGUCAAAGGAUGAAAAUGAGUUAAAAACAGAGCAAUCAAACGGAGACCAACAUGUAGCAGAUACUGAAGCAAAACCUGCUGCUGCGUCAAAGGAUGAAAAUGAGUUGAAAACAGAGGAUGAAAAUGAGUUAGAAACAGAGCAAUCAAGUGGAAACCAACAUGUAGCAGAUACUGAAGCAAAACCUGUUGCUGCGUCAAAGGAUGAAAAUGAGUUGAAAACAGAGGAUGAAAAUGAGUUAGAAACAGAGCAAUCAAGUGGAAACCAACAAGUACCAGACACUGAAGCAAAACCUGCUGCUGCAUCAAAGGAUGAAAAUAAGUUAAAAACAGAGCAAUCAAACGGAGACCAACAUGUAGCAGAUACUGGAGCAAAACCUGCUGCUGCGUCAAAGGAUGAAAAUAAGUUAGAAACAGAGCAAUCAAGUGUAAACCAAAAUGUACCAGACACUGAAGCAAAACCUGCUGCUGCAUCAAAGGAUGAAAAUGAGUUAAAAAUAGAGCAAUCAAACGAAGACCAACAUGUAGCAGAUACUGAAGCAAAACCUUGUACAGAUGUAAAACACCCCACCUUUAAGGAACCAACUACUGCAUCAAUGGAGGAAAAGGACCCUGGGCUUUCCUCCUGCACUGAUGGAGCACGCCAUCAUGCAGGUUCCCCCUCCAUCGAUAGGAAUAUUGACGACAGUUCAUUUGAUUACCAUGAGACAAAGGGAAUAUGGGAAGCAAAGGUUAUGGCAACAGAUAAACAAGACCCAGGUGUAGGCACAAUUCCACCAGAUGCUGAAGUAACACACAAGAAGUCAACACAAGAAGCACAUACCGACCUCAAGGGAUCAACUGCUGCAUCAAAGGAUGAAAAGGAGUUACAAACUGAAGCACAGCUUGCUGCUGCAUCAAAGGAUGAAAAGGAAGAGGAUCCUGGGGUUAUCUCCAGCACUGCUGGAGCACACCAACAUACAGGUUCCCCCUCUGAGUCAUCCACACCACCUACAGACAAUGAGGAGGCCCUCAGUGAGUCCAGGCUGAAUCAAAGUGAUGAUUCAAGUGGAGACCAAAAUGUAUCAAACACUGAGGAAACACCCUGUAUAGAUAAAAAUCCAAUUCCAAUUACGGAAGAGAAUAUUGGACCUUCUGGCAGAAGAAACAGUGAUGAUACUGAUUAAGUUGAUGUAAAGACGACAAGUGAUGUUCCCUGAUGGGAAAACCAACCAACCAACUUCUCCAUCAAAGAAUGAAGAGAAUUCUGGGUGUUCUGACACACACAACCAAAAGAUUCUUCCCCUGAGUCUCCAAAACUGCCUGAAAACGCUGCUUGUGCCUUUGGUGAUGACCACAACUGAUUGCAAUGACGAGCCAAGCAUAAGCAGAUCAUGAAUGAAACGCAAUGGAAAAAUAAAGCGCUCUUGACAGACCUGUCUUUGCAACAGAAAGCAGCUAUAUGGCAAAACCUUUGUUAGAGAGAAGGAAUUGGUACAGAGUAGACCAGUUUUUGGUGGGAUACAGCUUUUGAACCAGAGUCAGGCUCAAAAGACCGUACCAAAUGCAGCACACAACUCCAGUGAUAAAUCAUUUGAAUCAAUGGAAGAAUUCUUUGACACUCCUAGGGAUUCUGAGGGGACCCAUACUGAAUUCAAAAUUCAAGAAAUUAGGCUGUAAUUUUAAAUCUCUUUAAAUGUUACUGAUCUCAUAUAAUCUUAUUUAUAAUCCAAAUGUACAUACUGUAUUUCAAUAGCCUCAUGCUAUUGCUUACUCAGAGAAGUAAUUCUCAAAUAUUUAGAUAUUUAGAUCUAAAUAUAUAAACUCAAAUAUCUUCACUUGUGUUUAUGUGCAAACUGCAAUCACUUAAAUUUGUGUCAAGACCUCUUAAAUAAAAGCCAUUACUGUAAGAAACAAAUGUAAGACAUAUAAUCCUUUUUGACUACAAUUGUCAACAAAUUAUGCAUGUUCUGAUAAACCUUUUAUUUUGAUUAUAUUUAACAUGCAGACAUGGGGCCAGACAUGCUGCUGUAUGCUAUUCCUCUUCAGUUCAGAUUAAACUGAUUGUUUCCCAUCAGAAUUUGCUGCUGCUGUAUGAUUUAAAAGCAGUCAUAGCUAUGGAAAUAUUUAUGUGAUUAUGUGGGAUGAUGAUUGUACGCAAUUUCAAACCCAUACCGAUUUGUUGA